GCAAUUGCUUCGGAACCGGAAUCAGUUAGACAGCUCUUAGUCGAUAGAUUCAUGUCCACCGGCAAUUCAGAAAGUCUGCAUCUUUGGGCGUAUAAUACCCGACCAGUAGGAGCACACUGGUUGUUGCUUGCUAUCAACCCUAUAAGAGAAGUCGUGUAUUAUCUGAAUUCGGUAAAUGGUGACUGGACCAAUUAUCCGGCUAUGAAGGAAAUCGUUGAUUUAUCAAUACAAGUGUUCCGAAGUCAACGGGACGCACAGGUAUCCCGGACUAAAUCAAACAACAUUACUUGGAUCAAAGUGCAGUGUCCGCAACAGCGAAACAGUUCAGAUUGCGGAUACUUUGUUUUGAGGUUUAUGAAAGAAAUCCUUCAGGCGAAUCAAUUAGAGAUUCCGCUCACGUACCUUGACGAAUUCCGUGCUGCUGGGUACCCGAGACUUAAGUUGGAAGAAAUCAAAGAGGAUUUGUGUCACUUUUAUAUUAAGCAAUUUUUCAUGUAGGAUUUGUGUCGAUUUGAAC